GUAACAGUUUAUUCAAAGUAAACAUACUUUUUAUUUCUUAGCUUAGAUAAAAUAGAAUGAUUCACCUUUUGAAACAAAUAAUACCAGCUUUUGAAGUUAUUUCGGUGAUUUAGAAAUCUUCGGAAAAAAGAGUACUGAUCGAAUUUCUGUAUUCUUUGUACAGUACAGUAGUUAACCAAUUAACACUAAUCCGUAGCUCAUUAGGAUGCUCAUUAAUAACGAUUGUAUUUGAUCGAUAAUUUGUAGACAUUGCUUGAAAUUUCAGCUUCAAAUUACCUGUAACAAAUUAAGCAACUACUGAAAAUAGAAUGAUUAGCUAACUAUUAAUUUUUAAUUAACUUUGAUCCAAUGAUAGUUUGAUAAUUUAUUUGGAAACAGCCCUUAAACUCUCAAGGUCACUGUGACAUAUAUAUAAGACCAAUUAGACCAUUGUAAUAAAUUAAUCAAAGUAAACUGUAACCAUUUAUAGUUGUCUCAUUUAACUUAAAUAUCUGAUAUAUACCAUAUUUAUCUUCACUCCCAUCAGUGAUUAUAAAGUUACUUGUACAUAAUCUAUACGCACAUACUAUUGAAUCGUAGAUACAGACCAUUAGAAUUUAGUGUUACACAAAAUAUCCUAAAAAUUGAAUUUUAGAUAAUGUCAGACAAAAACACUUGGCAAUAAAUUACUGAGUACAUGUUUCUCAUUUAAUUUACUAUUUACUGUCAAUCACUAACCUAUUACAUUGUCCUUGUGGUUUUAAACGGAAUUUUUAUUCACUUCGGUGAGAUCGACAAGAUCUUCAAAGCAACAUAAACUUCUUGGAGACUUUAUGAACGUUCUAAUUGAUGCACUCUUACGUUUGUCAUGGAUAAUGAUAUUACUACCAAAAUUCUUCCAUUCACAAGCUCAUGCAAAAGUCACCAUUGACGAUGAUACUGGUUACUUUGUUGAUCCACAAGGAUUUAUUAAAUUAUUUCAUGGAAUCAACUGUGUGCAUAAAGUCGCACCAUUUUACUUUCCAAAACUACUUGACCCUCAUUCAUUCAGAGUACUUAGAGAUUGGGGAAUUAAUGUUAUACGCUUAGAAUUCAACUGGAUAGCAUUAAAACCACAGGAAAACGAAAUCAAUCGAGAGUACUUAGAUAUCAUUGAAAGGAUUAUCGACAAUGCUGGAUUAUAUGGAGUUUAUAUCAUCAUUGAUUUGCAUCAAGAUGGAUUAUCGAAACGUCUAGGUGCAAUUGAUGCUGUGCCUAAUUGGUUUAUGGAUAAAAUAAAGCGACCACCAUAUUUAUUUCAAUACCCUUGGCCACUAACGAAAGAUCCGAGUAAAAGCCAAUGGUUUCUAACGUACGCCACAUAUGAGAGUGCACAUGUAUUUGAAAGUAUAUAUAAAAAUGUUUCAGGAAUAUGGAAUUAUUUUGCAGAAUAUUGGAUGAUAACAACUAGUCGUUUCGGGAAGAAAGAUAAUGUUUUAGGUUAUAAUUUGAUAAAUGAACCACCACCUGGAAAUUUUUAUUUAAAUCCAUUCCUUCUUUUGCCUAAUAAUGCAGGUCACAGUCUCUUAUCAUUUUAUGAUUAUUUGGUAAAUGUUAUUCGCCAAACAGACAAGAAUACAUUGAUAUUUUACGAGAGUGUAACUUAUGGAAUAUAUUUUCCAUUUGUUAAUGGAAUACCUGGUACUGGUAUCCAUCGUGUUCCCGGUUUAUUACAAGAUGAGACGGCCAGAAAGAAGAGUGUAUUAUCUUAUCAUUACUACUGUUGGUUGUUGGAAUCGACACCAUCUACAGAGAAUAUGCCAUCAUGGAAACGAUAUUUGUGUGAUAAAGUGAGAGUUCAAUUACCUGGUUUAUUGUUUGUAACGCAUAUGCAUUCCAAUGUCUCGAUGCUUUAAUAUCAACAUUAACCAACUGAUAUUUUUUAGCAUAAGCUAACUGGCUUUCAUUUUAUUCGUAACUUGAUUAUCGGACUUGACUGGAAAAUUUUGAAAUCUGUUAUCACUCCUAAUAAUAUUUUCUAAAUAAAUAAAU